CAGCCGGCCGAGGAGGGAGACGCGGGUGGGCUUCCUUGUGAAAUCAUCAUCCCCUGGCGCUUUAUUUUUAUUUUCUUUGCAAACGGACAGACUUUUCUCUGGGACGUUCUCUCUCUUCCCCACACCCCCCGCCGGCCCUUCUCUACUGCAAAAAAGCGAGAGCAGCCGUGAAAAUAAGCCCCUUCUAAACUUCAGCCCAAAAAAUAAAAACCGCCAGAGACGCGAGGAUCCCUCAUGCCGCUGGUGCGAUCCCUUUCCAUCACCUCCCUCAAUGGGCUCCCCCAGUGGGAUGAUGAAGAUCUCCCCGUGGAGGAUCUGCUGCUGUUCGAAGUGGCCUGGGAGGUCACCAAUAAAGUUGGUGGUAUCUACACUGUGAUCCAGACCAAAGCCAAAAUUACAUUUGAUGAAUGGGGAGAAAACUACUUCCUCAUCGGCCCUUAUUUUGAGCACAACAUGAAGACUCAGGUGGAAGUCUGUGAGCCUCCGAGCCCGGCGGUGAAAAAGGCCAUGGAUACCAUGAGGGGCGAUGGAUGUCAGGUCCAUUUUGGGCGGUGGCUCAUAGAAGGUAGCCCAUAUGUGGUGCUGUUCGAUAUAAGUUCGGCCGCCUGGAAUCUGGACAGAUGGAAAGGAGAAUUCUGGGAUGCCAGUAGCAUUGGAAUCCCUUACCAUGACCGAGAAGCAAAUGAUGCACUCAUCUUUGGGUCAUUAACUGCCUGGUUCUUGAAAGAGCUCACGGAUCAGUUGGAAGACAAGCCCAACGUCAUUGCCCACUUCCAUGAAUGGCAAGCGGGACCUGGUCUGAUUCUUUCUCGAUUCAGGAAGAUCCCUAUCGCAACCAUCUUCACAACUCAUGCUACACUGCUAGGGAGGUACUUGUGUGCAGCAAAUAUAGACUUCUACAACCAACUGGAUCAGUACGAAAUAGAUAAAGAAGCAGGGGAAAGACAGAUAUAUCACCGGUACUGCAUGGAACGAGCAUCCGUACAUUGUGCCCACGUGUUUACUACCGUCUCCCAGAUAACAGCCAUAGAAGCAGAACACAUGCUGAAGAGAACAGCUGAUGUCGUCACUCCCAACGGCCUGAACAUUAAGAAGUUCUCAGCCAUGCACGAGUUUCAGAAUUUGCACGCCACCUGCAAAGCUAAGAUCCAAGAAUUUGUUCGAGGCCAUUUCUACGGUCAUCUUGAUUUCAACCUUGAAAGGACCUUAUUUUUCUUCAUUGCUGGGAGAUACGAGUUUUCAAACAAAGGAGCUGACAUGUUUUUAGAGGCUUUGUCAAGAUUAAACUUUCUACUAAGGGUGCACAGGAGUGAUGUCACAGUUGUUGUGUUCUUCAUAAUGCCAGCGAAUACUAACAAUUUCAAUGUGGAAACCUUGAAAGGCCAGGCCGUUCGGAAGCAGCUAUGGGACACGGCACACUCUGUGAAGGAAAAGUUUGGUAAAAAACUCUAUGAAGCCCUAUUAAGAGGAGAAAUCCCUGAUAUGAACAAGAUCAUAGACCGCGAUGACCUAACCAUUAUAAAACGAGCCAUCUAUUCAACCCAGCGACAGACCCUUCCGCCAGUCACCACCCACAACAUGAUCGAUGAUUCCAACGAUCCGAUCCUAAGUACCAUUAGACGCAUCGGCCUUUUCAACAGUAGGACAGACCGAGUUAAGGUGAUUCUGCAUCCUGAAUUCCUUUCUUCAACAAGCCCAUUAUUACCAAUGGACUAUGAAGAAUUCGUUAGAGGUUGCCAUCUCGGGGUGUUCCCGUCAUAUUAUGAGCCUUGGGGCUACACUCCUGCUGAGUGUACUGUUAUGGGGAUUCCCAGUGUGACCACAAACCUCUCUGGAUUUGGCUGCUUCAUGCAGGAGCAUGUGGCCGACCCCGCUGCUUACGGUAUUUACAUUGUGGACAGGCGGUUCCGCUCCCCAGAUGAGUCUUGCAAUCAGUUGACACAGUUCCUGUAUGGAUUCUGCCAGCAAUCACGGCGGCAAAGGAUUGUUCAGAGGAACCGAACCGAGAGGCUCUCGGACUUGCUGGACUGGAGAUAUCUAGGCAGGUAUUACAUGCAUGCCAGGCACCUGGCUCUUAGUCGUACCUUUCCUGAAAAGUUUGAGAUGGAGCCCAACGCUCCUCCGAAGACAGAGGGAUUUCGAUAUCCCCGCCCUUCCUCGGUACCCCCGUCACCCUCCAUUUCUCAGCACAACAGCCCCCACCAAAGUGACGAGGAAGUUGAAGAAGACGACGAAAGAUAUGAUGAGGAGGAAGAAGCCAAGAGGGAUCAGGAGAACAUAAAGUCCCCUUUCUCUUUCAGCGCAGUGCCACAUAGGAAAAAAAUGCACGGAGAAUACAGGAAUUGAUGAAGUAUUCCUUUGCUCAUGGCCUCUCAUGGGCGCCAUUCAUUCAGAUAGACACUGGUCGCUUUGAACAAGUUACGGUGUGACAUAAAGGAGAGUGUUAACUGCAUGCUAUUGAGCCCAGCCCCUGAAAUAUCAUGAAAUCCUGUCCCUCACCAUUAUAAAUAGUUCUGAUGUUGCAUUUUUUUUCUCUCUCCCCCUUUUUGGAAAUAGAAAAGAGAUUUAGAAGAGCAUAUCCAACAUUAGGGCUGAAUGCUGGCUUUUGUGUUUGUAGCUCUAAAUCUAAUACCUCGCCAGCCGAGGAAGGAACAAAAUGUUGGAUGAUCUGCAGGCUUAAAAGGAAAGAAAAUCGUUGACUUCAGAGUUACUGCAAUGCCUGCUGCUCAUUGUAUAAAUACAAGUAAGCCCACCUCUUACUCUGUCAGCAAAUAAAUCUUCUUGUCUAUCACUAAAAAUAAUCCCACACUGGUUUAAGCAUCUCUCGCAGUGCUAGCCAACAUUGUCAGCUAGACUUAAACCAGCAGGCCAAAAAACCCUAGAUUUCAAAAUACAGUAG